AUGGCCGAGAAUGCAGGGUUUGAAGCGAUGAGCGUUGAAUUAACCCUACGCCAGACCAAAAUUCGGCACCUGCAACUGAAGGAAAUGGUUUGUGUGGCCCCGGAUACGAGUUUGGGAGAGACCAUUGCAACCAUGCAGCGACAGCGCAACGGCUGUGCUUUGGUGGUGGUGGAAUCGAGUCUCAUGGGAAUAUUUACCGAGAGGGAUCUGAUUCGCAAGGUGGCCCGAUGCAGCCAGGUUGGCUUGGACCGGCCGAUUCGUGACUUCAUGACGCCGGAGGUGGCCGUCCUGAGUCCGGACAAUUCUCUGCUGGAGGCGGUUCUUCUGAUGAACCAGGGAGGCUACCGCCAUAUUCCGUUGGUCGAUUCGGCUGAUCGGGUCUCCAUCGUCGAGGUCGAAAACGCAACCAUCCGAUUUGCCGGAGACUCGGGUGACGGCAUGCAGUUGACCGGAACCCAGUUCACCAAUACCUCGGCGGUCUUUGGGAACGACAUCAGCACCCUCCCCGAUUUUCCGGCUGAGAUUCGUGCGCCCGCCGGGUCCCUGCCGGGUGUGAGCGGAUUCCAGAUCAACUUCAGCAGUCGAGACAUUCGGACUCCGGGGGAUCAGCCCAACGUUCUGGUGGCCAUGAACCCGGCGGCUCUCAAGGUGCACCUGUCGGACCUCGAGCCCGGGGGCAUUGUCAUUGCCAAUUCCAAUUCCUUUUUGCCCCUGAAUCUGAAGAAGGCGGGCUACAAGUCCAACCCCCUGGAGGACGGGAGCCUGUCGGGUUAUCGACUGAUUGCCGUUCCUUUGACUGAGUUGAACGGCAAGGCGCUGCAGGAGUUGAACCUUCCCAGGAGGGAUGCGGACCGGUGCAAGAACUUCUUCGCUCUCGGAAUAACCUAUUGGCUUUACGACCGUCCCCUGGAGACGACGCUCUCCUGGAUCGAAGGCAAAUUCAAAAUGAAGCCUCAGAUCCUGGCGGCAAAUACCCUGGCCUUGCGAAGCGGAUACAACUACGCCGACACCACCGAGCUCUUCACCAACCACUACCGGGUUCGCACGGCCAAGUUGGCUCCUGGCAAGUACCGAAAUAUUACCGGGAACGAGGCCACGGCUUUCGGGUUUAUCGCGGCCUCGAAGAAAUCCGGACUGCCGCUUUUUUAUGCCAGCUAUCCCAUCACUCCCGCCAGCGAUAUCCUUCACGAGCUGUCCCGGCACAAGAAUUUCGGCGUCAGGACCUUUCAGGCGGAAGACGAGAUUUCGGCUGUCGGCGCCGCCAUUGGUGCUUCCUUUUCAGGUCACCUGGGGCUUACGGGAACCAGCGGGCCGGGAGUCGCCCUCAAAUCGGAGGCGAUCGGGCUGGCCGUCAUGACGGAACUGCCACUGGUCAUCGCCAACAUUCAACGCGGCGGUCCCAGCACGGGUCUGCCCACCAAAACCGAGCAGGCGGACCUGCUGCAGGCCCUGUUCGGACGGAACGGGGAGUGUCCCGUGGCAGUGGUUGCGCCGGCUACUCCAUCCGGUUGCUUCACCAUGGCUUUCGAGGCCUUUCGUUUGGCCACCCUGUUCAUGACCCCGGUCUUCUUCCUCUCCGACGGCUAUUUGGCCAACGGGUCGGAGCCCUGGAAGAUUCCCUUAGUGGCAGACCUUCCCGACAUUGACGUCCGCUUCAGGACGGAGGCCGAGGGGUUUCAACCCUAUCUGCGAGAUAAGAAGACCCUCUCCCGCCCCUGGGCAAUCCCGGGCACUCCGGGGCUGGAGCAUCGCAUCGGCGGGCUGGAGAAACAGGAUGUCACCGGAAACGUCAGUUACAACCCCGACAACCAUGACUUCAUGGUGCGCCUGCGUGCCGAAAAGAUUGCCCGCAUCGCCGACGUCAUUCCUGGGGCGGAGGUUUUCGGGAAGCCGGAAGGAAAGGUCCUGGUGGUUGGAUGGGGUUCGACCUACGGGGCCAUCACCUCUGCCGUGGAGGGCAUGCAGGAGCAGGGCCACUCCGUCUCCAGCGUUCAUUUGCAAUACUUGAAUCCACUUCCCAGGAAUUUGGGAGAGGUUCUCUCUCGAUUUGACAAGGUCUUGGUGCCCGAGCUUAAUCUGGGUCAAUUGCUGAUGAUCUUGCGGUCUCGCUAUCUGGUGGAUGCCGUCGGUUUCAACCAGGUGCGAGGCCUCCCCUUUAAGAUUUCCGAACUGCGUCAAAAAAUUGGAGAGAUGCUCUGA